CAACAUCCUCCUCUCCUCGUCUCCCCCGCUCCCCUUCUCCCCUGCUGCCAGUUUUCAACUACCUGGCCUCGAACAUGGCGGACGUCGAUGUUGGCGCGAUCCACGCCUACAGGAGAUUGAUUGACGAUCUCCUGACCCGCGCAGAACAUGCCAAACCCGACCAGCAGAUCGAACCUCCUUUGACCGAAUCCCAUCUGGGCGAUUCCAUUUGGCUCAUUCAGGGGCAAGAUAAGCAGCUGGUUCAGGAACUCGGCCAGCAGACUCAGUUUGCGGCGGUGGAGAUUGCGUUCAGAGAGAAGUUCUACGGCUUGCUUGCUUCUACCUCAAUUGAGGACCCCUCGUUCACUCGGAUAUGGAACCUACUUGAUACAAUCUCGAUCUUCUCGGACAACGAGCAGUGUGAGCCCGGUCUGAUAUUCUGGCUGAUUGAGGAAUUGCUUGACAGCCAAACCAUCGAUGGCUGCCGGAAGGUGUUCGAUUACCUGGAAUCGCGAAGAGAGCGGAGCACAAAGAAACAUUUCAAGCAAAAAAGCUUGAUCAUCCUACGAUCUUGCAAUGAGUUACUCCGAAGGCUCUCAAGGGCCGAAGAUACCGUAUUCUGCGGGCGCGUCUUCAUCUUUCUGUUCCAAAGCUUUCCUUUGGGGGACAAGAGCGCCGUCAAUCUCCGGGGCGAAUACCACACAGAUAAUGUUACUACAUAUGAUGAACUCACCAAGGCAGUCGCGAAGGCGACUGCCGAUUUGGACGUGGAGAUGUCUGAUGGAAAAGAUGCGCAUGCAACCAAUGAAGGUCUGAAGGAGGAAAGUGAGGCUCAGGCAACAUCUGCGAGCGGUUCCCAGACACCCGCACAAGAAACCCCGAAAACCCCACGAGUGGUGGUCUCUAGAGUCAGAGACGAAGUCGAGGAGAAAGCCGUGGAUCUGGAUGACCUGUACCCCAUAUUCUGGGGACUGCAGGCUUACUUCUCCGCCCCGACGAAAACGUUUGACCCUCAGCAUUUCGCCACCUUCAAAUCUGGACUUGAAGCCACCAUUUCUACCUUCAAGAAUGUCAACACGGACCUUGAGAAUUCGAGCAACAGCAGAACUUCAGAGGAGAUCCGAAAAUCUACCAAGCGGAAGCGGACUACCGAUGGACAGGAGAUCGCCAGCAGUUUCAACCCUAAGUAUCUGACAAGCAGGGACUUAUUUGAUCUUGAGGUUAACGAUACAGCGUUCAGGAGACACGUUCUUGUUCAGGCUCUUAUCCUACUCGAUUUUAUGCUUUCUCUUACGCCCAAGGCUAAAGCCAAGUUAGCUGACCUGACCAACAAGUCCGUCCUUUACGGGUUUGUGUUACAUGACGAUGAUGCCAAGUGGGCGGUUAAGAUGAGAAAGGCGAUCGAGGAGUAUCUCCAGGAAGGUGUUGGGGGAAAAUUCUAUUAUCGUAUGGUGGACACUGUCCUCUCGAGGGACAAGAACUGGGUGCGCUGGAAAGCAGAAGGAUGUCCGUUAAUUGAGAGACCGCCUGUUUCUGUAUCAGAGUAUCUUGGCGCCCGUGAGCAUGCGACAAAGGUUUAUGCAAACAAGCGCCUUCGCGCAUCACCUAUGGGAUCACUUAGCCUGAACUUUCUCUCCGAGGGCGAAUCACUCGCAGGGCUCGAAAGACUGAAGGAGUCGGAAAGGUAGGAGCCCCAGGAGCAUUGAAAUAUCCGCCAGCGGUGGGCUGACAUUCUCUAAGAUUUUCCGUCCCUGCUGCAGAUUCGUUGAUGCUGAGUAUCAUGGAUGACGAGUUGGAUCUCGACACCGCGCAGACAAAAGAGGACAAAGAGUAUGCGACUCGGUC